UCUUUAUGAGCUUCCUGGGCAGUCUUUCCAGGACACUGGUUCCGUUUUUAGGGAUAAUUCAGGCACCUGGCUAUAUUUUCACAUGACUUGGCAUGUGAUUCUGGUCUGUUCUGCUCAGCAAUGGUAUCUAAUUCCGGAUUAUGUUAUGCACAAAUGUCACAUUUGUGACACAAAUUUGUGACACAAAGAUGGCCAUUGUAGUUAAACCAAGUAAAAAAACAAACAAACAACAACAACAAAAAAAUUGAUUGUUUUGCAAUACCAAUACAUAGAGGUAAUCACUCAAAAAAAAAAUAAAAUAAAAUAAAAUAAAUAAUAAUAAUAAUAAUAAUAAUAAUAAUAAUAAUAAUAAUAAUAAUAAUAAAAUAAAACAGUCAAGCAACCAACUAAUUAUUGGACCACUUGAGAUGGAAUGACCCAGAAUAGGGUUCAACAGUUUGUGUUUCUGGGGGAACAAACUGAAGAAUGUUCCAUAUAGAACUCUACAACAUAAAGUUCCCACUCAGUAAAGGUUCUGAAGAGUAGAACCUUUAGACACACCAUCAACCACCAAACCAUCCUUCAGGAGCCUUUAUUUUUGAGCACCUUGUCAAAUAAAAUUAAAUGUUAGUGUAGCAUAUAUGAAAUAUGUACUAUAUAGAUGAUGUGUAGACCAGAUAUCAGAAGACUAAAGGGUACGUAGGAGAUAGUGGAUUGAAACAAUAACGGUGACAGAACAACUGAUAACUUAAAUAUAGAAUGAUUUAUAUACAAUUUAGAAUGAGUGUUCUUUGUGCUGUCUGCGCAGUAAAAACAAAAAACAAACAAAAAAAAACCAAACAAACAAAUAAAAAAAACACUCUCCCUGUCACCUGUCAAUCAAGGCGGGAUCUAUGUGUAGAAUGGUGUUAAUUGGUCGAAAUUAUCAACAUGAAACAUUUUAACUGGUUCAAAUAACGUAUUUGAAAUUAUAGUGGUUUACAUUCUGCUUCAUUUUUAAUGAAUCUAUAUUGUUUUAAAUUCUGUUUAAGAUAUUUAUUGAUAUACAUUUUCUAGUGGGCUACACCAGUGAAAAUCUCGUUGGUUAAGUGUGAACUCAGUACGACUUAUGAGCAGGCAGUAGCCUUGAUAUUUUUCAUUAUUUCUGUCUUUGUAUCUUUUUAUUUUCUUUCUUUCUUUCUUUCUUUCAAACAACCAACAUUUAGUCUGCUAACACAUUAAUAUAACGUGAUUAUCAGACAGUAUAAUAUUAUAGUGAAAUCCAGUUUUGGGACCUAACGAUGGCAACACAAAAAGGGGCAACUUUUAUUGAAAGGAGGUGCGCGGAGGGAGAACGGCGAGACACUGCAGUGAGAGAAAGAGAGAGAGAGAGACAUUUGCUAGAGGGGGAGCGGAUCCGAAAUGUAAUGGUCACUCGGAAACGUCUUCCCUCCUCGAUUAAUCCCUGCAUUUACAUCCUGCCGGUUUCACGGAGCUGUAUCACAGAUACUGGAUUUCUGCGUUGUUUAGUGCGUGUGCGCAUCUCGUCAUGCCAAUCACACGCUCUGUUGAAAGUCGUGCUUUAAUCGCCGCGGUCUGGGUGGGCUUCCUGUGCGGAAUCAUCCUGACCCAAGAUGAGGCUGUUCAAACUACUCCACAUUCCUCUCGUGCAUUGUUCCAGGGUGCAACACCCAGAGAAAGCCAAGAUCAAGAUUUCAUAAGCCAUCAAAAAGGGGUGGAAAUCCCCAGGGAUCUGCUCCCCGUGCUUGAGAAGGACAUUGAUUUUGGACAUGAGGAUGAAACACUGCCUCCUGAGCAGCAACACCUUCUAAGAAAGAUGCUGCUUGGUCACAACAAAGCUUUGCAUCCAACUUGGUCUCCAGUAGAAGAACAUGAAGCCCCUACUACACUUAAUUCUUACAAUUCUACCACAAUGACACAGGCUGCUAUCAAAACCAAGCCAUCACUCACUUCAGUAGUGAUCACAACAACGGAGAUGAAAGCAGAGCCUGCUUCAUCAAGCUGUAUGAUCAAUUUCUCAGACCCUGUGGGCUACAUUGAUUCGUCAGACGAUCUGCCGCUUCCAAAUGGCACUUUCCUGCAGUGCACUUACACAGUGACUGUGUAUACAGGUUAUGGGGUGGAACUACAGGCAUGCUUUAAAAAAAUCUCCUGA